CUCGCUCGCCUCUAGUCCCCUAGAGCGACCAGGUCUCCGCUGCGCCGCCUAGCGGCCGGGCGGGCCAACGGGGGCGUGGCCAGCCCUGCCCCGCGCGCCGUGCGUGGCGGCUCUUCCGGCUGGGGACGUGGCUCGGCGCCGCCAUCUUGUGGGGCUGCCCGCAGGACGCCGUGUGCGGAGGCAGGCAGGGAGGAAGCGCGGAGCCCAGCGCUGCCGCCGCCAUGGUGCUGUUGGCAGCAGCUGUCUGCACGAAGGCAGGGAAGGCCAUUGUCUCCCGGCAGUUUGUGGAGAUGACACGGACCCGCAUCGAGGGGCUGCUGGCGGCCUUCCCGAAGCUGAUGAACACGGGCAAGCAGCACACCUUCGUGGAGACCGAGAGCGUGCGCUACGUGUACCAGCCCAUGGAGAAGCUCUACAUGGUGCUGAUCACCACCAAGAACAGCAACAUUCUGGAAGACCUAGAAACACUCCGACUCUUCUCUCGAGUGAUCCCUGAGUACUGUCGAGCUCUGGAGGAGAAUGAGAUCUCUGAGCACUGCUUUGACCUGAUUUUUGCCUUUGAUGAAAUUGUGGCCCUGGGCUACCGUGAGAACGUGAACCUGGCCCAGAUCCGGACCUUCACGGAGAUGGAAUCCCACGAGGAGAAGGUCUUCCGAGCAGUGCGGGAGACCCAGGAACGCGAAGCGAAAGCUGAGAUGCGGCGCAAAGCAAAGGAGCUGCAGCAGGCCAGGAGGGAUGCCGAGAGGCAGGGCAAGAAGGCACCCGGGUUUGGUGGCUUUGGCAGCUCAGCUGUGUCCGGGGGCACGACGGCAGCGAUGAUCACAGAGACCAUCAUUGAAACAGACAAGCCCAAAGUGGCACCAGCGCCAGCCAGGCCUUCGGGUUCAAGUAAAGCCUUGAAACUUGGUGCAAAGGGGAAGGAGGUGGACAACUUCGUGGACAAGCUGAAAUCAGAAGGAGAGAACAUCGUGACCCCUGUAGGCAAGCGCUCUAUAGAAGCAGCCAAAGUUCUUUCUCCUCCUGUUAACACAGAGAGUGUGCACAUGAAAAUAGAGGAGAAAAUUUCCUUGACCUGUGGCCGUGAUGGAGGGCUGCAGAACAUGGAGCUGCAUGGGAUGAUCAUGCUGCACAUCUCCGACGAGAAGUUCUCCCGGAUCCGCCUGCACGUGGAGAACGACGACAAGAGGGGAGUGCAGCUGCAGACUCACCCGAACGUGGACAAGAAGCUCUUCACCGCGGAGUCACAGAUCGGUUUGAAGAACCCAGAAAAGUCAUUCCCCAUCAACAGCGACGUGGGUGUGCUGAAGUGGAGGCUGCAGACCACAGAGGAGUCCUUCAUCCCAUUGACAAUUAACUGCUGGCCCUCGGAAAGUGGCAACAGCUGCGACGUUAACAUCGAAUAUGAGUUGCAAGAGGAGAACCUGGAGCUGAAUGAUGUCGUCAUCACCAUCCCCUUGCCGUCUGGCGUGGGUGCCCCGGUGAUCGGGGAGAUCGAUGGCGAGUAUCGCCACGACAGCCGGCGGAACCUGCUGGAGUGGUGCCUGCCAGUGAUAGAUGCCAAGAACAAGAGCGGCAGCCUGGAGUUCAGCAUAGCAGGGCAGCCCAAUGACUUCUUCCCAGUGCACGUCUCCUUCGUCUCCAAAAAGAGCUAUUGCAACAUACAGGUUUCCAAAGUGACCCAGGUAGACGGGAGCAGCCCUGUGAGGUUCUCUACGGAAACCACCUUCCUGGUGGACAAGUAUGAAAUCCUGUAACGCCAGCCAUGGGGGAGUGCAAAGGAAGAAAUUUUUAAAUUAAAAAAAAAUAGAGGCUGAAGUUUAUUCUGAAUGUUGGGAACGCUGCAGCCCCCCCUCUGCUGAGAGCCGUGCCUCCGCCACCCGCAGCGGGCUUGGGUCACAGACACUUUCGGCAGAGAACUGAGGUGCUCGUGGGGGGAAAGACUACAAAUUUCUUUGGCAGAUUUUUUACUGGCCAGCAGAAGAGCAAGAUCUCCCCUGAGAACCUGGCUUGGGCAUGUCCCCGAGCUCAGUUCCAGCACCUCCCAGACAUAGUUUUCCUCACUCCUGAAGCAUCGCUGCACUGCUCCCUCCUUGGUGCUGCUGUUUGGAUUUCUCCUCAGCCCUCGGCGCUCGUUUCCAUCAAUGGCAGAGGUUAACAGGCACCUCACCUCUUUGCACCCUUCUCUCUGGUAGAAUCAGAGCAAGUUGGCCUUGGGGUCCAUCUUCCCUCCCACAACCCCCCCACCUCAGACACCAAGUUUGUCUGCUUGCCCAGCACAGUUACUGCUGUUCCCCUGCAGUGUGUGGGGGGAGAGACUCGGGGUGCUUUAGCUCCUGCUGCUGCCAGGUGAGCAUCCAGACACAACUGUCCCUGCGUGGGCUCUGUCUGUUGCUGUGCUAGCUCUUGGGCCAGGGUCUGGAGGCAGUUUAAUUUGGUUGGAACCAGCUGCAUAUUGGCUUUGGGGUCCUUGUGGUGUCUGGGAGCUUGAAGGCCUUGCCGUGCAGUUACUCAACUUCUGUGUCAGGACCUGGCCCAAACUCCUGUUUCUCAGUGGGUGUGAGUGAAGGAGAAGGAGAUGAUGAUGCCAUGAAUCUGGGGCCUGUUCUGAACGUGAGCAGCACUCUGGUCAUGUCCUACAGUCUGUCCUCCUCCUGCUGCUUCAGGAGCAGCAUUUGCCUCAUCUCACCGACCUGUGCUCCCAUCCAGACUCUGGCCUUUCACUCGCCACUAGCCAGGGCUGUGGGGAGCUGCCAGUGGCCCUGAGCACGCAGCUGGGGAGCAAAUGUCCUAAAAGCUCCCCAGGAGCGGCUCUGAAGGGGCAGUGUCUCCUGGUUUCCCUGCCAAAGAAGUUUGUGGUCUCUCUGCCAGCAGCACCCCAGAGGAAGUCACCCUGAAGAUCCCUGUCCCGGUGAGCGAGCCCUGUCCCUAGCACCGUAGGCAAUGAUGAUCUCUCUGCUCGGUCCUGUGCGAGAGCUGCUUGUAUGAUUUUAAAAUGGAGUUGGGGUUAGUUGGAGCAUCCAUGGAGCUUUUUUUUGUUCCUUAAGUCAUUGAGGGCAAUAUUUAAACCGAGCUCCCCCUUUUUGUAACCCUGCCCGGUAGGGAAUAGAGCACAUUCCAGUGUACGCGGAGAAACCCCGAGACUGUAAUCGAAUAAAAGUAUUGUCAAAGGA